AUGCCAGAAAAAUCAUAUGACUACAGGCCCGAUCUGCCACCACAGGACCGGAUAUACGAUGAACAAUAUCCGGAGCAUGCCGGGACAUUUCUGAAUCAAGUACUACAGCAAUAUGUGUCUGACAUGCUGCAGAAGGUUGGAUGGGUGAAAUGUGGAUGGGAACAUUCUCCUCUGACACAGAAUGAACGGCGGAUGGUUGACAUCCUUCGAAAAGAGGAUCUACCACGUUCAGCAGUCCGCCUCAUCUGGAAUCCAUGGAUAGAGAACUGGAGAUUUGAUAUUACGAGUGGCCACAUGCCAGCAUUGCGGAAUGUUGAGGAAUGGGAGGAGAGGGAGGAUGAAGAGGAAAUCAUGUCGAUAAUUGAGAGAGAAGAAAGAGAGAAGCAAAAAGAGAUGGAUAUGCAGGAAAGAGAAGAUCACAUUCUCCGAGAGCGCAGAGAAGAAGAGGAAUCCUCGGAGGAUGAAGCGGAGCCGGACAUCAGAAGGCAAAUAACAGAUGAAAGGGAACCAAUCACUAUGGAAGGGAACAGAGGGAUGCUACUGGGGGAGCCCAUUGUGUCGCCCAACGAGGACCUGCGAGCACCAAUUGCAGCAUCACCGCUACAUUGUACGUCUAGAUAUCACUUCUACGAUGGUCUAGCGGUUGGUACAGGCGUAAGCUGGAGUAGCAGUAAAUCGACAUUGUUGACAUAUGGCGGUUUUCAGUGGACCUAUCACGAUGGGUUCAACCCCCAGCGAGAGCUUGAAGAAUAUGUUCAGAAUGAUUCAUUUUUGUAUGCCUCAAGCAUGAAAUAUAUGUCGCUAAAUCUCAAGUUUACGUGUCUCUCCUUUGGCAUGGUUUAUACAAUGCGGCCGCACUGGGCUCGAAUCCGAGCAGGGGAAUACGAGAACGAGCCAUCUUCGAGACUUUUGAACCAUAGGAGAGACGACUAUUCCAUGCGCAAUGCGCGGAUAUGUACUAAUUCCGCGGUGUUACGUUCAACAUGCGAGAGAAGGCACGGGAGUCAUUUCUUCGUGCUUGCACAGAAAUACGAACUAUCGAAAGGAACCUAUGAGCUUAUUAUGGGCGCAUUUAAUAGCGUCCAAAAAUUGGUGUAG